CAGUCAUCUCACAGUGUCUUCUCGUCCGGUCACCUCACUCUUUCGGUCCCGCUCUUCGAACCGAUUGACUGGCUGGCUGGCUGACUAAUUGACUGACGAACUGGUUGUCUGACUGACUGGCUGUGUAAGUAACUGCCUGACUGGCUGUCUAACUGACUGUCUGAUUGACUGACUGUCUGGCUAUCUAAUAACUGGCUGACUGUACACUCACUCAGCGCAACGAAGCUCUCUCAGUUCACGACCUCCAGUAUUCAGUCCAGUUUUCUGAGCUUCACUGGACUCCGGCGAUGGCGGCACGAGUCCUGCCUCCUCCGCCGGCCAUCGAGGCACUGCUGCCGAAUGACCCCGUCCUGCCUCGGGGUUUCCAGUCCGCCCUAGGCCUGCAGGGGAUGAGCACUCCGCUCAGCUUCGGCGCGCAGCAGGGCCAGCAACUCCCUCUGCUGCUCCUAAACCUGCUGGCUUCCGCGGUCCCAGUGGGUUUAGCGAACCCAGCGCGAAUCGCUAGUCUCGAGCAGAUCCAGCCGCUGUUGACGAAGAACCUUCAGUCAAUUACUGAAAUGAAUAGGAACCUUUUCGAUGUGUUGGAGACGAUGCAAGGCCGCCGGGGCGAGACUAAAGAGAGAUGCCGGGAGAAAAAACUUAACAUUGAAGACGGGAAUCUCGCGAGGGGGUUCCUCGACUUGCAUAAUUCCUCGCUCGCCCUACAGAUGGCGUUGUCCGAGCAUCAGCUGGAAAAGAACCCUGGCAAAGAAGUGAGAGGCCUAAUCGAGAUGGUCAAGGCGGAGGCCGGCCAACAGCAGCAACGCCUCAGGACUUUGAGAGAAGGAGAAGAGGAAGAGCAAGGACCACCCGCGGGGUGCAUGGAACCCUUCUUCGCCGUGGGGAAGGAGUGCUUCUUCCUUGCCCAGGAGCAGAAGAAGAGCUGGCACGAUGCCCGAGACGCGUGUGAGGCGAUGGGCACGCACUUGGCACGUCCCGAAGAUGUGCGGAAGCUGGUCGCGGUGCUGCAGGACUUCCCCGGGAAGUACAACCGGGUGUGGGUGGGCGCCAGCGACGAGCCCCGGGAGGGCGCGUGGGAGUGGCUUUCCGGCGAGCCCCUGGACGUCCACGACUGGCGCCCCGGGCAGCCCAGCAACAGGAGCACGGGGGGCGAGGAGCAGGACUGCCUCUCGCUGGUGACCAAGAACAGACCCGACUCCACGAUGGAUGACCAUGCGUGCGAGAUGAAGAGGGCCUACCUGUGCGAGAUGGAUUUGGAGUGUUAGGGGUGGGGGAGGGGAA